AUGCCCCCAAAACAAGAAGUUGACGAUAGCAAAAUUCUUGAUGAGAGGCAAGCUUGGAUUGAAAGGGCUGUGAGGAAUACAUUCAGAGUCUCUGAGAAGGAUACUAAAAAAUUGUUAGAAACUGAGGAUUAUAGAAAAAUAACAAGUACCUUCUUUGAGAAUGCUGAAGCAAAGCAAAUUUUCAUUUUCAUCAAUAGUACUGGAUCAUUCCAGAUUUCAAUCUCAAUGCCUUCUCAAUAUUCAAAGAAAGUCAUCUGCUUCUUUAAAAAGACUAAAGUUAGUAUUACACCUGAAAAUAUUGGAACUGCACUUAUUCAUUUUGAAGUGUUGGAAUCACCUCUAGAAACACUUUCACUUAUUUCCAACAAAUUGUUCUUACCAAUUUUAAAAAAUAGUGUAGAACAAACAUCAGCAUCCGACCAAGAGGAUGAAGAUAAAGUCUCCCGUGAUGUUGUUACCUAUUUCCAAAAAUUCAUAGCUUCUACCUAUGUUACAUCAGGACAAGUUGAAGGAAAGACACUAUUGCCAAUUCCACCAGAUGAUGUUAUUCAAGAAACUUCAUCCGAAAAUUCGGAUCAAGAUAAGGAUAUGAUCCACACACUCGAAACAGCAGUAGUAAAUUGGGCAAAUCAAAUCAAGGAAGUUUUAAACAAGGAUCCAGAAUCAUUAUUUGUACCAAAUUAUAAUCCUGGUCCUCUAGAUGAAAUGAAUUUUUGGAAUUCAAAAUAUCUUGACUUGGAAUCUGUAGCCAAACAAUUAGCUGGUGAAAAGGUUACUAAAGUAAUUGAAAUUUUGAAGGAAAAUCAAAGUACAUAUAUUCCAUCCUUUUUAAAGAUGGUCGAAGAAGUUGAAAUUAGAAAACAUGAAGCCUUUGAAAAUCACAGAUUUUUAAAACCUCUCCGUAAAUAUUUCGAAAGUGUAAAUUUAAAGAGUGACAAUCAUGCAGAAUAUUCAGAAUUACCAAAUGUCUUUAGAAGUAUUUUCCAUUUAAUUUUCAUGAUUUGGAAAACAUCUACAACCUAUAACAAGAGCGAACGUCUUGUUGUUCUUGUAAGAGAAUUGUGUAAUGAUCUUAUUGAUCACUCUAGAGAAUAUAUUGGUGGUAGAGAAAUUUUCAAUAUGGAAUUCCCAGAUGCUGUUGAAAAAUUUGAAAAUACUCUCUCAACCUGUGGUUUGGUUAAAAAGUAUUACUUUGCUUACAAGUUAAAGGUAGAACAAGAGUGUCCAACAAAUCAAUGGAGAGUUCCUCCUGCUUCUCUCUUCCACAGACUUGAUCACUUUUUGGAAAGAUGUAGAGAUAUUCUUAAUAUUUUUAAUCAAGGUAGAUUAUUCGGUAAAUUGGCAACACUCCAAAUUGGUGGUACUAAGGGUGAUUCACUCAGUAGAGAAGUUAAGGAUAUUUAUGUACAUUUCAGUGAAGAAAUUGCCAAGUUUAAGGAAAUUCAAUAUGAUGCAUUGGUAGUUGAAGAACAAAAGUUUGAAGAAGAUUUCUAUCAUUUUAAGAAUCAAAUUAAGGAAUUUGAAAAGAAAAUUGGUUCUAUCAUUUCUAAGAGUUUUGAAGAUUGUAGUACUAUUCAUGCUGGUGUAAAGGUUAUUGAAAGUUUUGAAGGUUUACUUGAUCGUGAGGCUGUUCAACAAGAAAUUGUCAAAAAGCAAGGUGAUUUAUUACAAACCUAUAGAAAAGAAUUGAAGAGAGUUCAACAAACAUUUACAGAAUCAAAGACUAGUCCAAUUAUUUUCCAUAACAUGCCUCCAGUAACAGGAGCUAUUCAAUGGGCUGAAUCUUUAUUGGAAAGAAUUAAUGGACCAAUGAAUAGAUUAAUUUCUUUGAGUAAGACCAUCUUUGAUAACUCUGAAGGAAAGGAAACUGUAAAACUCCAUUCAAACAUUGUUGGAAAGAUUAAACAAUACCAACAACAAAAGUAUGCUGAAUGGGCCAAAUCAGUUGGUGAAAUUUCCGAAACUAAACUCAAUGAAAUGUUAUUGAAGAGAACUGAUGAUGGAAUGGUUAUUGUAAAUUUUGAUCCUGCCCUUGUUAAACUUUUGAGAGAAGUAAAUUAUCUCCAAAAGAUUAAUACUCUCCAUGAAGGAGAACCAGCAUGGUCCAUUCCACAAGAAGCUAUUGAUCUCUUUUCCAAGAAUGAAAAAUAUAGAACUCAAACUGGUAGUUUGGAAUAUAUUGUAAAUAUGUAUAACAUUGUCCAAGGUUCUCUUACUCCAGUUGAAAGACCUUUAUUCCAAACACAAAUCCAAAAGAUUGAUGGUAUUCUUGAAAGAGCUUUGAAUAGUCUCAGUUGGAAGAAUGAUGUUGAAAUUGAUUCAUUCUUAUCUGAAGCCAUGAAUUCUGUCAAAUUGGCCAGUACAACUUUAUCAAUUAUCAAGAAGAAUACUGGAGAAAUUGAAAAGGCUUUAAUGAAAUGGGAAAAGAACCCAAUGUUCCAAAGAAAGGAAACUAGAACUUUGACAAUGAAGGAGCUCGACGGAAGAAAUAAGGAAAUGAAGGUUACAUAUGAAAAGAUGGUUAAAAAGACAGAACAACUUCCAGAAGAACUAGGUUGUAUCGGAGUUGAUGAAAGUGCUGAGCCAUGGAAGAAUUUUGUCAAGCAUAUUAACGAUAUUGUUGUAGAUGGUAUUUGUAAAUCAGUUAUUGCUUCUGUAAGAGCUCUCAUGGAUCAAAUGAAUGUUGAAUAUUUACUCAAGACUGAACAAAGUCCAUUCCUUGAAAUUUCUCUUAACCUUGUAAAGAAACCAAAUAGUGAAGUGCACUUUGCUACUUUCACUCCUAGCUUGGAUGAAAAGGGUGAAAAUUCAUUUGUACAUGUUGUUGAUUCAUGGAUUAAUGAUUUUACAACAGUAUCAGCUUCGAUACCUAGAUUGGAUUCAUCUUCUGGUGAUUACAUUAAGGAAGUUAAAUCUAAUACUGAUGUCAUUUCUACCAUUUCUCAAAUUCAUGAAAGUAUCAAGACUGUUACAGUCGAAUGUAACAAAUUUGCUGAGCAAUUUAUUGCUCAAAAGGCUAUUUAUGAGACUGACCAAAAGGAAUUCUUUGAUGAAUUCUUAGAAGUUAACUUCCCUCAUGGCUCUCAUGGUAAAUCUCAUCAUGUUGAAUUGCCAAAGUUUGAUGAACAAAUCAAAAAGUAUCACAACAUUCAUGAACAAAUCAAAGAACUUACUGCUUGUGAUAAUGCUGGUUGGUUGAGAGUCGAUGCUAAACCAAUCAAGCAAGAAUUACUCAAGAUUUGUACCUCUUGGGAAAAGCUCUUCUCUAACUUCUUGGUACAAAACGUUUCUGAAAGAUUGAACGAUAUUUAUCAAUUCAUGAAUACUGUUGAAAGUGGUAUUGAUAAAGAAGUUACUGAUGGUGAUAUUACAACUCUCAGAGAAGUUAUCAGAUAUAUCAGAGAUAUUAAAUCUGAAACAGAGAGCGAAAAUGGUAUCUUCCAACCUCUUCAAGAAAUUGUAGUUUUGCUUUCUCAAUACGGAAUUGAACUUGCUCCAAAUCUUGUUCAUACACUAGAACAAGCUCCAGUUAAAUGGGAUGGCCUCUAUAAGAGAUCAUUGGUCAGAAGAACAGAACUUAGUGACUUGCAAGAUAAGGAAUCUCAAAAGGUUAAGGAACAAGGUUUACAAUUUGGUAAGAGGGUUUUGAAAUUCCAAGAAGAAUUCAGAGAUAUGGCUGCUUUCUUCUACAAGUCGGGUUCUCAAGAUGCUUAUAAAUCAAUUGAUAAGUGGCAAGUACUUUUGGUGGAUAUGGAAAAGGAAGCAACAAAGUUGAGAGAAUUGCAAGACUUGUUUGAAAUUACAGUAAGCGAAUAUAAUGCCCUCAAGACUUGUCGUGAAGAAGUUAUGCUGCUCAAGUCUUUGUGGGAUAUCAUUUCUCAUAUCUUGUCAUUGUUCAAGGAUUGGAUGAAGACUUCCUUCAAGAAGGUAGAUGUUGACGCACUCGUUGAAGAAUCAAAGAAACUUAAAAAGACUAUUCAAAACUUUAAUACCAAGGCAAGAGCAUGGGACAGUUAUUCAGGACUUAACAAUGCUGUUAAUAACAUGCUUACCUCACUUCCUCUUGUUCAAGAUUUGAGAAAUCCUGCAAUGAGAAGAAGACAUUGGGAUGAAUUGCUCGAAGAAACUCACAAGAAGGGUGCUAUUGAUCCUGAUGAUAACUUUAAUUUGGAUCAAUUGCUAGAUCUUGGUUUGCACAGUUAUGUAGAUACAGUUCAAACUAUUGUUGAUAAGGCCAGCAAGGAAUUAAUUAUUGAAAAGGCCCUCACAAAGGUUGAAAGUGUAUGGUCUACACUCAAUUUUGACUUUGGCUAUGAUGGUGAAUUGAAGUGUUCAAUUAUGGGAGCAGUAGAAGAUAUUGUUGAAAUUCUCCAAGACAAUCAAGUUCAAUUGCAAAAUAUGUCCACUAUGAAAUAUGUUGAAUUCUUUAUAGAAUCAUUGACCAAGUGGCAAAUUGCUCUCUCCACAAUUGAUAGUAUUAUUACUGAAUGGGUUGGUGUUCAAAAGAAGUGGCAAAACCUUUAUCCAAUCUUUAUGAUGUCAAAGGAUAUCAAGGAAAAGUUGCACGAAGAUGCUGUUCGUUUCGCUGAAGCCGAUACUGAAUGGAGAAACUUUAUGGAAGUUGCUAAAGCUGUUCCAAAAAUUGUUGAAGCUUGUACUGAACCAACUAUUCGUACCAAGUUAGAUACAAGUAAGGACGUUUUAGAAAUCCUUCAACACAUUGAAGAAAAGCUUGAAUUGUGUCAAAAAUCCUUGUCUGAAUAUCUUGAAACUAAGUGUAAAGCUUUCCCAAGAUUCUAUUUCAUCAAAGCUGGUGACGUUAUUGAUAUUUUAUCAAAGGGUUCAUUCCCAAAGCUUGUCAUGAAACACAUGUCAAAGAUUGUAGAAGCUGUUGAAACCUUAACUUUUGAUGAAAAUAGUGAUCUUACUAAUGGUAUGAUUAGUAAGGAAGAUGAAAUCAUUACCUUCCCAGAUAAGUAUGAAUGUAAAGGACCUGUUGAAGAUUGGCUCAAUGGAGUUUUGAAUACUAUUGUUAGUUCAUUGACUCAUACCUUAGGUGAUGCUCAUGCCGCCUACGUUGAACAACAAAGAGAUCAAUGGGUAUUCCAAUUCCCUGCUCAAAUUGUCAUUGUUGCUUCUCGUGUUUGGUUCACAAGUGAAGUUAAUUCUGCCUUUGAAAGACAAGAAGAAGGUAACAAGAAUGCCUUGAAGGAUUAUUACAAUCAAUUGAAAGAUCAAUUGGCUAAAUUAACAACACUUGUUCAAGGUGAAUUAACUCCAGGAGACAGAAAGAAGAUUAUUACCUUGAUUACUGUCGAUGUCCACAAUAGAGAUAUUGUUUUGAAACUUAUUGAAGAAAAGGCAGAAAGCUCUCAGGUAUUUACCUGGCAAUCACAACUCAGAUACAGUUGGGAUGAUACAAAGGGUUGUACUAUUAAUAUUGCUGAUGCUGAAUUUAAAUAUGGUUAUGAAUAUAUUGGUAACUGUGGUUGUUUGGUUAUUACACCACUUACUGACAGAUGUUAUAUUACAUUGACACAAUCACUCAGAUUGAUUAUGGGUGGUGCUCCAGCUGGUCCUGCUGGUACUGGUAAAACAGAAACAACUAAAGAUUUGGGUAGAGCACUUGGUAUUCAAGUCUACGUCUUUAACUGUACUGAACAAAUGAAUCCAGCUUCUCUUGGUAAUAUUUUCAAGGGUUUGUCAAUGACUGGUACAUGGGGUUGUUUCGACGAAUUCAAUCGUAUUAGAGUUGGUGUCUUGUCUGUCGUUGCUACUCAAUUCAAGUCUAUUCUUGAUGCUAUCAAGGCUCAAAAGAAGGAAUUUUUGUUUGAACAAGAAACUAUUUCCCUCAUUCCAACUUGUGGUGUCUUUAUUACCAUGAAUCCUGGUUAUAAGGGUCGUACUGAAUUGCCAGAAAAUCUUAAAGCAUUGUUUAGACCAUGUGCUAUGAUUGUUCCUGACUUUAUGAAUAUUUGCGAAAUCAUGUUGGCUUCUGAAGGUUUUAUCAAUGCAAAGGAAUUGGCUAAGAAAUUCGUUACCUUGUAUAGAUUGAACAAGGAAUUGCUCUCAAAACAAGAUCACUACGAUUGGGGUCUCCGUGCCGUUAAAUCUGUAUUAGUUAUUGCUGGUGGUUUGAAGAGAGCUGAACCUCAAGUUUCUGAAGACAGAAUUCUCAUGAGAGCUCUCAGAGAUACCAAUUUGGCCAAACUUUCAAGAGAUGAUAUUGAAAUCUUCAGAGGUUUAAUUAGAGAUUUGUUCCCAAAGAUUGAAAUUGAAGCAAAGAGUGAUCCAGAAUUGGUCAAGGCUGUCAAACAAGCAACUGAAGAAAAAAGAUUACAAACAGGUGAAAAUGAUAUUUUCAUUGGAAAGGUUGUACAAUUUAAGGAAUUGCUUGAUGUUAGACACUCUGUCUUUGUUUUAGGUCCUGCAGGUUCUGGUAAAUCAUGUGUUUGGAAAACUUUAUCUAAGGCCUUUGAAAUUCAAGGUCGUAGAACUUGGGCACACGUACUUAAUCCAAAAUCUGUUACCAGUGGUGAACUUUAUGGUUAUACUCACCCAGUUUCAAAGGAUUGGAAGGAUGGUCUGCUCUCCAAUACUAUGAGAGAAAUGUACGAAACCAAGACACCAUUACCAAAAUGGAUUGUUUUGGAUGGUGAUAUCGAUGCUGAAUGGAUUGAAUCUAUGAAUACAGUCAUGGACGACAAUAAGGUUUUGACAUUGGCAAACAAUGAAAGAAUUCCUUUGAGUCCAAGUAUGAGAAUGCUUUUCGAAAUUGAUCACUUGAGAAAUGCUACUCCUGCAACUGUAUCAAGAGCCGGUAUCUUGUUCUUGAACGAAACUGAUAUUGGUUGGAAUCCAUUCAAGGAAAGUUGGAUUGAAACAAGAUCUGUUGAAAAGGAAAAGCAAAAUCUUGAUCGUUUGUUCUAUACUUAUGCACCACACAUUUUGUUCUGGUUGAAGAAACACAAUCACAUUAUUCCAAGACAAGAUAUCAGCAUGAUUCAAACAUUGUGCUACUUGUUAGAAGGUUUGAUUACACCAGAAUCUUGUCCACCAGGUUGUUCUCAUGAAAUUUAUGAAUAUUACUUUGCUUUUGCUUGUAUUUGGGCAUUUGGUGGUGCUUUGGAAGAUGAUGAAAGAGUUUUAUUCAAUGCCAUGUUCAAGAAAGACUUCCCUCAAGUUAAAUUCCCUGAAAAUGCAACUGUAUUUGAUUACUUUGUUGUUACUGAAGGUGAAACUGUUAGACUUGAACCUUGGGCUACAAAAGUUAAGGAAUAUAAUCAUGACUUUGAAUUGCCAUUCAAUGAAAUUGUCGUCUCUACAGCUGAUACAGCACGUUUAACUUAUUUGAUGGACUUGUUGGCUGACAGAAGAAGACCUGUAUUACUUGUUGGUACUGCUGGUACUGGUAAGACAACCAUUGUUAAGGGUAAAUUGAGAAGUCUUGAUGAAGAAACUCUCUACACUACAAUUAACUUUAACAGUAAUACUGAUGCUGAAUCAUUCCAAAAUAUUCUUGAACAAUCUAUUACCAAGAAGGCUGGUAAAAUGUACGGUCCACCAGGUAGAAAGAAGCUUAUUUACUUUAUUGACGAUCUUAACAUGCCUAAUCCUGACAAAUAUGGUACUCAAUCUGCUGUUGAAUUCCUCCGUCAACAUAUGGACUAUGGAUUUUGGUAUGAUAGAAAUAAUAUGGGAGUCAAGGAAGUUACCAAUGUUCAAUACCUUGCCGCUAUGAAUCCAAAGGCUGGUUCUUUCACAGUUACUGGUAGAUUACAAAGACAUUUUGGUAUGUUUGCUUGUACAUUCCCUGCAGAUGCUGAUUUGAAGACAAUUUAUUCUCAAAUCAUUUCUGCUCACGUUGAAUCAUUCGAUAGAAGAGUUCAAACAAUUAGUACUAAAUUGGUUGAUGCUACAAUCAAACUUCAUAAGGAAGUUGCCAAGUUCUUCUUGCCAACUGCUGUCAAGUUCCACUACCAAUUCAAUCUCAGAGAAAUUUCAAACAUUUUCCAAGGUUUGUGCCGUUCUACUAAGGAACACUACAGUGAUCCUGUUCACAUGAUUAGAUUGUGGAUGCACGAAGCUUUCAGAGUUUUCUCUGACAGAAUGACAGAACAAGAUGAUGUUAACAAAUUCUCUGCUAUGGCUACAAAGAUUAGUAAGGAUGUUCUCGAUUGUGAAAUUCAAGAUGGGCAAAGCUUGUUGUUCAGCUCUUUCGUUGUUGAAAGUGAUAACGGUACUGGUGUCUAUUGUGAAGCCAAUGAUUUUAACAAGUUGAAGCUAGUUUUAGAAAAGAAGCUCGAAGAAUACAAUUCAUCAAGAUCAAUUAUGAAUCUAGAAUUGUUUAAGCAAGCUAUUUGGCACGUUUGUAGAAUUAGUCGUAUUUUGUCAAAUCCAAGAGGUAAUGCCUUGCUGGUUGGUGUAGGUGGUAGUGGUAAACAAAGUUUGGCUAAAUUGGCAUCAUUCAUUAAUAAUUAUGAAAUUUCUCAAAUCACUGUCACACCUUCCUACAAGAUUAUCGAUUUUAAGAAGGAUCUUUUGGAAUUGUACAAGAAAUCUGGUGAAAAGGAUAUGAAGAUUUCAUUCAUUCUUACAGAUUCUCAAAUCUUUGACCAAAAGCAAUUGGUCUUUAUUAACGACUUUUUGUCUUCUGGUUUCAUUCCAGAAUUGUUCACUCCUGAUGAUGUUGAAAAGUCAAUUCAAGCUGUUCAACCUGCAGUUAAAUAUGCUGGUAAGGAUCACAAUGAUAAGAAGGUUUGUUGGGACUUCUUCUUGGAAAAGGUCAAGAAGAAUUUGCACUUGGUUCUUUGCUUCUCACCUGUUGGUGAACAAUUGCGUGUUUGGUGCAGAAAAUUCCCAGCCAUUAUGAACUGCUCUGUUAUCGAUUGGUUCCACGAAUGGCCAAGAGAUGCUUUAAUUUCUGUUGCCUAUAGAUUCUUGACUGAUGCUGAUAUGAAUUUGGGUGAUGACGAAAUGAUUAAGAAUAUUUCAGAACAUAUGGCCUUUGCUCACGAAUCUGUCUCAAUGGCUUGUAAGAGCUAUCAACACAUUGAAAGAAGAUACAAUUAUACCACACCAAAGAGUUUCUUGGAACUUAUUGAAGUAUACAAGACAUUGUUGGCCAAGAAGAGAGAAGAAUUGAACGGAACAAUUGAACGUUUGAGUAAUGGUUUGACCAAGAUUAAUGAAUCUGAAGAAAAGGUCAAGGAAUUAUCAACUGUACUUGCUCAAGAAGCUAUCAUUGUCGAAGAAAAGAAGAGAGCAACAGAAGAACUCUUGGCUAAGGUUACAAAAGAAAAUACCUUCUUAGCCAGUCAGCAAAAGAUUGUCGAAGAGGAAGAAGUUAAACAAAACAAGGUUGUUGAUGAAGUUAAUGCCCUUGCUAAGGUCUGUACAGAUGAAUUGAAACAAGCUGAACCUCUUAUUGAAAAGGCUAAGAAGUCAUUGGAAGUUUUGAAUGUUAAAGAUUUCCAAGAAUUGAAGUCAUUUACCAAUCCUCCAGCAUUUGUCGACGUUGUUUUGUCUGCUGUCAUGAUUUUGAAGGCACAAAGAGGUGUACCAAAGAAUGUUGUUUGGGCUGAAUCCAAGAAGAUGAUGAAUAAUCCAAACCAAUUCAUGGUUGAAUUAGUUUCUUACAAUGCUGAAUCCAUUCCAAAGAUUCCACAAGAAAAUAUUGAUGCUUUGAAGAAUAGCAAAUAUCUUCAACAUCCAAACUUUGUUCCAUCCUUCAUUGAAAGCAAGUCAACAGCUGCUGCUGGUUUGUGCGAUUGGGUUAUUAACGUUGUUGCUUUCUAUGAUUUGGACAAACAAAUUGAACCAAAGAGACAAAAGUUGUCCCAAGCUAUGGAAGAAAAGGAAAAGAACGAAUCUCACUUGAAGAAGAUUAGUGACAAAUUGAACACACUCAGAAAGGCAAAGGAGCAAGCUGAAACUGAACACAAUAAUGCUGCUCAAGAAUUGGUUAGAAUUGAAAAGCAAAGAAAGAAGACUGAAGACAAAUUGAAUCUUGCUCACAGAUUGGUCAAUGGUUUGUCUGAUGAAAAGAUCAGAUGGGCUGAAUCUAUCAAGGAUUUAAGAGAAAGAGAAAAGACUCUCGUUGGUGAUGUAUUGUUGGCCGCUGCUUUCCUUUCAUAUGUCGGUCCUUUCACCAAAAAGUAUAGAAAUAUGCUUAUUGAAGAAAAGUGGAUUAUCGAUCUCAAAGAAAGAAAGAUUCCAACAUCAGAAGGUAUUGAUCCUCUCUUUGGUGUACUUGCUGAAGAAGCUCAAGUUGCCCAAUGGAACAACGAAGGUUUGCCAUCAGAUAGAGUUUCAGUUGAAAAUGGUUCCAUUGUUACCAAUUGUAAACGUUGGCCAUUGUUGAUUGAUCCACAAUUGCAAGGUGUUAAAUGGAUUAAGAAUAUGGAAAGUAAGAAUAACUUGCAAGUCAUUCAAUUGACAAAGAAGGGAUAUUUGGAAACUCUUAUCCACGCUAUUAUGAAUGGUUAUCCUGUUUUGAUCGAAAAUAUUGGAGAAAAUAUUGAUCCAAUUCUUGAUCCAUUGCUUGCACAAAGUUAUACAAGAAAGGGUAACUCUGUAUCUAUCAAGCUUGGUAAUCGUGAAGUUGAUUUUGAUCCUAAAUUCAGACUUUACCUUCAAACCAAAUUACCAAAUCCUCACUAUAGACCUGAAAUUGUUGCUCAAACAACCUUGUUGAACUUUAUGGUCACUGAACAAGGUUUGGAUGAUCAAUUGCUUGGUACUGUUGUCAAUAAGGAAAGACCUGACUUGGAAGAAUUGAGACUUUCAUAUUUGAGACAACUUAGACAAUUCAAGAUUGAACUUAAGGGGUGUGAAGAUGCUCUUAGAAAUGAAUUGUCAAAUGCCAAGGGUGAUUAUUUGGAAAAUCACAGACUUAUUGAUAACUUGGAAGCAACCAAGAAGAAAUCUCAACAAAUCAACGUCAGUCUUAAAGAAAUUCUUGAAAAUAACAAGAUGAUUGAUGAAAGUCGUUCAGUUUAUAGAACCGUUUCUACAAGAGGUUCCAUGUUGUAUUUCCUUAUUGACCAAUUGUCAAAGAUUGACCACAUGUAUCAAUAUUCUCUUGAAGCCUUUAUGGUUGUAUUUAACAAGGCUCUUGAAAAGGCUGAACCAGCUGAUAAUGUAGAUAAGAGAGUUGAAAACAUUGUCGAUAGUAUUACAGAAACAUUGUUCAGUUACGUUUCUAGAGGUCUCUUUGAAAGACACAAGCUCAUCUUCUCAAUGAUGUUGUGUAUUGAAAUUAUGAGAAAGAAGGGAGAAAUUGAACCAAACCAAAUUGACUUUUUACUUAGAGCUCCUAGAGUUGAUGGUGUUGAAAGAAAGGAAACUGUUAUUGGUUGGUGUUCUGAAUUGAGUUGGGCCUAUGUACAAGCACUUACUGCUAUUGAAGGUACUAGUCCAGCAUUCUCACUCUUACCAGAUGAUAUGGCUGGUUCUUGGAGAAGAUGGAAAGAAUGGACUGAAUUUGAAAAGCCAGAAGAAAAACCAUUACCAUUAGAAUGGAAGAACUUGUUACCAUUCCAAAAGUUGUUGAUUAUCAGAUGUCUCAGACCUGACAGAUUAACUAUGGCUGUAACAAACUUUGUAAAGGAGAGAAUUGGUGAGAAAUACGUUAAGGAUAUUCCUGUUGACCUUGAAGUUUCAUAUGGUGAUGCAGGUCCUACUACACCAUUAUUCUUUAUCCUUUCUCCUGGUGUUGACCCUGUAAAGGCUGUUGAAAGAAUUGGUGAAAAGUUUGGUUUUACAGAAUCUGCAGGUAAAUUCAAGAACGUUUCUUUGGGUGAAGGUCAAACAGUUGUUGCCGAAAAUGCCCUUCAACAUGCUUUCAGAACUGGUGGUUGGGUCAUGUUGAACAAUCUUCACUUGACUCCUGAAUGGUUAGGUGCUUUGGAAAAGAAAUUGGAUCAAUAUGCUGAACAAUAUGGUAGACAAGAAAUGAGAGAAAAGAAGAGAAGAGAAAAGGAAGGAUUAAAGAGAUCAUCCUCUGCUGCUGCUUCCAGGAGAUUAGAAGAGGAAGAACAAGUUGAAGGUGAAAAGGGAGAAGAACCUGAAGUUGGUAUUUCUAUUGAUCCAACCUCCCCACAAGAAGAUAAGAAAGCAGAAAUUCCAGAGGUUGAAGAAGAUUCUGAAGAAUCAGAUGAAGAAGAAGAUUUGGGACAUCCAGACUUUAGAGUAUUCCUUUCAGCUGAACCUUCUAACCAAAUUCCAAUUGGUAUCUUGCAAAGAUCUAUUAAGCUAACUAACGAACCUCCAAGUGGUUUGAGAGCCAACUUGUUCAGAUCCCUUAUGCAAUUUGAUGAUAAUAUUUGGGAAGGAAGUUCCAAACAAACAGAAUUCAAGGGAAUCUUGUUCUCACUCUGUUUCUUCCAUGCUUGUAUUGUUGAAAGAAAGAAGUUCGGUCCUCAAGGUUGGAACAGAAACUAUCCAUUUAACCUUGGUGAUUUAAUUACCUGUAUUCACGUCUUGAACAAUUACUUGGAAGAUAGACCAAAGGUUCCAUGGGAAGAUUUGAGAUACGUUUUUGGUGAAAUUAUGUAUGGUGGCCACAUUACUGAUGACUGGGAUAGAAAACUCUGUAAGACCUAUUUGGAGAAGUUUAUUAGACCUGAUGUUGUUGAUCAACUUGAGUUGUGUCCAGAAUUCCUUUCACCUCCAACCAACUUGACUUAUAAGGGAUAUUUGGAAUAUGUUGAAAAGGUUUUGCCACCUGAAAGUCCAGUUGCCUUUGGUUUGCAUCCUAACGCUGAAAUUGGUUUCAGAACCACUCAAGGUGAAAAUAUGUUCAACAUGAUUGCAGAAAUGCAACCUCGUUCAACUUCUGCUGGUGAUGGUAUGUCCUACCAAGAUAAGGUUCAAGCAGGUAUUCGUAGAAUUUUGGACACUUUACCAGAACCAUUUAACCUUGAAGAAAUUGCUGAUAGACUUGAUGAAGAAAGAACUCCAUACCAAAACUCAUUCUAUCAAGAAUGUGAAUACAUGAAUAGAUUAUUGGUAGAAUUAGAUAGAUCACUCAAGGAAUUGCAAAGUGGUUUGGAUGGUUUGUUGACAAUUACUGAAAAGAUGACCAUUCUCCAAGAUUGUAUCUAUCAAAAUAAGGUUCCAGAAACUUGGUCAUCUCUUGCUUAUCCAUCUCCAAGAAAAUUGGACUCAUGGUUUGAUGACUUGAUGCAAAGAUAUGCACAAUUAUUGAAUUGGACAGGAGACUUGCAAACACCAAAGGUUGUUUGGAUUUCUGGAUUGUUCAAUCCUCAAUCAUUCUUGACUGCCAUUAUGCAAACUAUUGCCAGACAAAAGACUUGGGCUCUAGAUGAAAUGACUCUAGUUGCUGAAGUAACAAAGAAGUAUGCUGUAGAUGAAAUUGAACAAUCUGCCAGAGAAGGUGCCUAUGUUACUGGUAUGUUCUUGGAAGGUGCUGGUUGGGAUCCAAAGAAGAAUCACUUGAUCGACUCCAAAUUGAAGGAUUUGCAUCCAAGAAUGCCAAUUAUCCACAUUAAGGCUGUUCAAAAUGAAAAGUCUGAUCCAAACAGCUUCUACGAUUGUCCUGUUUACAGAACACCUGAUAGAGGUCCUGAUUAUAUUUUCACAUGCAAGUUAAAGACUCGUGAUCAUCCAAGUAAAUGGAUUAUGGGUGGUGUUGCUAUGAUUUUGGAUCAAGUGGAUACAUUGUAAAUAAACAAUUUAUUAUUU